AGAACUUUACCAUAUACUAGUAUUCUCGUUCAUUCUAGUAAGGGAAAUACAUUUGACGAUAAACCAUUCCCCCGCCGCUCUAACUAGGUAUUUCAUACGUACUGCGGCUUAUCCUUACAUACUUCCGAGUCCCUACAUUCAUCGCCACCUGGACAAAUCUAUACAAACUCCAACAUGUCUACUACUAAGAAAUCAUCGUCGAGGCGAACAUCCAAACAGUCGCAUCGAUCAACCUUGUCGUUAUCGAGAACAGAAGUGGUUAUUAAUGUCUACGACUUAUUACCUCCCGGCCGCCUCUCCUCCGUACUUUGGACCGUCGGCGCUUCCCUCCUACAUUCCGGCGUCGUGAUAAAUGGCAAAGAAUACGCCUACGGUGGACAUGACCAGCGCGGCAUGACCGGAGUAUACUGGACACGUCCGAAAACCGAGCCGCCAGGCGGUAGCUUCCGAAUCGAGUUACUUCACGGUUUCACUUUUGCGACACAAGCCGAGAUCGAUUCCAUCGUGCGCCACGCCUCCGACGAGUUCCUAGGAACUGCUUAUAACCUAUUGACGAAAAACUGCAAUCAUUUCACCAGUUACCUCUGCGAGAAGCUGACGGGUCGCCCCGGUCCGGGUUGGCUCAAUCGUGCCGCCAGUAUUGGUGUUGCGUUACCUUGCGUUGUGCCCCGUGACUGGAUCGAACCCCCAGAUUUCGAAACAGCGGAUGGUGAGCUCUUGGGUGACGAAGAGGGACUUAAUGAUCAUGAGACCACGCGGAUGCUGAGGCACAGCAUCGAGAGAAGGUUGGCGACCUCGGAGAGCGAGGUCGACGGAGAAGAUAGUUCGGGCUGGACCAGUGAGGAAGUGGUACACCAGCAUGGAAAAAGCAAUAAGGGGAAAGCCCUAGCACGAGAUACGAGUGGCCGGGCUUUGCCCCCUGCAGAGAGAGCACCCCCAUUGGGUAGGGCUAGUACAUCGUAGUCACAUGUAGACGAAGAUGGAGACGAUGAGAGGUUAAGGGAUACCAGUAUGCAUUUUAAGGCGUUGGCUCUGAUUAGUUAGGUGCGACGGCAACUAGGCUGGCUGGCUAGCUGACUG